AUUUUAUAUAAUAUUUCCAUUGCAGAGAAGGACGUUUUAUACAUUCAUCAAAUAAACACGUGAGGACUUUAAGUGAGCAGCAGCAGUUUAAUACAAAGUCUAAAUUUAGCAUAAAUAAUAAAUAAUAACUCAUAAUGCUCUCUUUUGGGUGGAGUUGUAAAAAAAAAACUUAACCCGAAGGGAGCACGUGACAUCAGCUCUGUGCUCUUGAUUCGUCCAGCCCCCUGUCAAUCAUUCGUCAGAGGGCGUGUCCAGACGUGAGUUCGUGGCUGACGGAGAGUCCCUACUGUAACGAAAGGAGAGACAGCUGCUAACGAGGGAAAAUGUCCGCGGUGCCCGAUGGGAAGAAGCUCGUCCGGAGCCCCAGCGGUCUCCGUAUGGUGCCUGAGAACGGAGCCUUCAACAGCCCGUUCUCCCUGGACGAGCCGCAGUGGGUCCCGGAUAAAGAGUGCCCGAGGUGUAUGCAGUGUGACACCAAGUUCGACUUCAUCAGAAGAAAGCAUCACUGCCGGCGGUGCGGCCGGUGUUUCUGUGAUAAGUGCUGCAGUAAGAAGGUGGCGCUGCCUCGCAUGUGUUUCGUGGAUCCGGUGCGUCAGUGUGCCGAGUGCAGCCUGGCCUCCCAGAAAGAGACCGAGUUCUACGACAAGCAGAUCAAAGUGCUCCUGGGAGGAGGAACCUUCGUCGUCACUUUGGGAGCGUCGGAGAAGUCUGAAACCAUGACGUGUCGCCUCUCCAACAACCACAGGUAUCUGUUCCUGGACGGUGAAAGUCACUUCGAGGUGGAGUUGUCUCGGAUCUCCAGCAUGCAGAUUUUGACAGACGGGUCGAGUCCGGGAGAGAAUGACAUUCACACUUACACCAGUCUGCUGGACACUCAGUAUAUCUCUGAAGGAGGGACGUCGCGCGCUAACGGCAUGCUGCUCCACUUCAAGCCAAUGGGCUCCCAGGACGCCCAGCAGCUCCGCAUGGAGGCCGCAGACGACAAGAAGGCGGCCUCGUUCUGGUUGGCUGCGAUGCACAAGGCGGCUAAACUGCUGUAUGAAGCUCGGGACCAGUGACGUGCAGGCGGUCCACAAGACUUCCCUCUGGGCAGCAAACACCCGGUCCCACCGGGGGUUUGGCAUCGUUUGGGUUUUUAUUAACGCCAGUUCUGAUUCUGCUUAUCCGUCUGAUUCCUCAUCAGUUCCUUGAUACCAGUUCUUAUCAUGGUGAUAUAUAUACAGAAGGAAACACUUUAUUACCUCUAUAACCAGUACUUUGUACAUCUUGUUUUCCACAAAUAGGCUGAUACUUAUUAUUUUCUCGUCAUAUUUGACAGAGUCAGAGUUCUUUAUUCCCUUUUGAUUUAACACAUAAAUCAGGACAUGCAGCAUUAAUGUUUCUACAUAAAUAUGGAACAAACUUUUGUUCGCCACAUGAUCCUGUGAUACUGUUGAAUGUUUCACAGGAUAACAAAUGUUAAAUGUGUCGUUACACCUUUUCAUAACUUCACAGAGAUGCAGUAAAACUUCAGAUAGAGUCACAGUUGUUUUAAUCGUUUUAUAUGCUGCAGUUCUUUUGUGUCAUCUGGGAUUUUAUUUCCUAGAAGAGGUGAUGAGACACUUAACGGAUCCCUGUCGGGAUAUUUAUUUUUAUUUUACCGACUCUCCACAGAGGUCAGCUAAGCACCAAGUAGAGGCUGAUGGAUACCUGACGGUUGAGCCAGUUUGAACGCAGAUCUUCCAGAUGAAGAAUUGUCUCACGCAGGUUAAAGAACAAAGAGUUUACCAGGAAACAGACCAGAAAAGGGUGAGUUCUGAGCAGGAGUGAAAAGCAUUCUGGGAAAUGUAGGAUUCUCUAACUGAAGCAGAAGCCAGAAGAGGCAGGGUGAGGAAGAUUUCAUGAGAGAAUACGUCCUGAAAUGCAAAGAACAUCACAGAUUUAUCCACAAAAUAGUAGGAUUUGUCCGUUAAGAGACAGCAGAAAGUUCAGGUGACACGUUUCUGUAAACUGUUUUAUUAUGAACUCUCCUCUCUGCUACAACUACUCACAGAUUUAAAUCUUUGGGCCUCAGCAUCUGCGGAAACGACUAUUCACUGAUUCGAGUGAAGCUUAAACACAUAAAUAAAUGCUUUAAAUGUAGUUUCAUGUAUUGAAGUUUUGUAUGAGCUAUUUUGUCAACUAUUCCUACUUUUAACACGAGGUACGACGUACUCGCAUCGUUUUUACCGCUGACGCAUAGUUUUUGUAACAUUUGUAAACAGUAAUCCCUUUUGUCCCAAACAGAGUUUUUUCCUCUUUUUAUUUUUUUGUUAUUAUCGUCGUAACAGCCAGGAUGUGAAUUCAUCACCUUCCAUCAUGUUGAGUUGGGGGGUUUGUCAGUUUGGGAGCUAAGUUGUGCUUCAGAGAAACUUCAGUUCUGACUGAGACGGUGAAAAUGUUGAGAGAAAAAACCCCGAUAGACAUUUGACUCAUUCAUCGACACAUCGCUUUAUUUCACCCCCUCAAAAAAAUCUUUUGAAGUUUUGACAUUUAAUGUAGUAACAGUCUGUAAUUACCUCUCUGUCUGAUAAAUAGACUUUAUAGCGAGGCCAAGUCAAAUAAAAUAUUGUCUGCACAUCUCGGUUAAUAAGGUGGGACGCCGGACGAGGAGGGACUUCCUCUCUCUCUAUAGUAGAGCUCAUUAGCUCGUUCGUUUGUGGCGGAGUCCGCCAUUAGCUGUUUAACGUUAAAACUUUUCUGACUGCUGCUGCUUCACGUUAAAAGCAUUCAGCUGGUGAAACAUGGCGUCACUCUGUAACGGUGCUACACGAGAGGCACAAACAAAGUCAGAGUUCAACUUCUCACAAAAUGGAAAAUGCUGAAUGGACCUUUUAAGUCGACAUUUAAACAUUUCUUAACCCAAACUAUCAACUCAUGCAAGGUUGCUCUUUACGUUUUUAAACUGAAAACCUUUUUUUUUGUAAGAACAAUUUAGUGAAUUUUGAAUCACACUCAAGAUUUAGUUUUUUAACACGUUUAUAAUGUUGAAAAUAUGCUUAAGCAUGAAGUGUGUUUGUAUUGAGAUCAAUAUUGUAAGAACUAAGUGUCGUAACACAAAACAUCUUAACUCUGCAUCCUCUUACUAGAUUUUUUCGGGCCGAGGAAGACCGUGAGAUGUGGAUGAAAGCUCCUGAAAAAAAGCUAAUAAGACUUUUUUUUUUGUUUUUUGGUCAAAAACAGUUAACACUUAAAUUUUAAAUGCACGGUUGCAUUUCAGUUGCUAACACUAUGUGAUGUAUUUUACUAAGAUUACCAAGUAUCAUCUUGCUGCCGUUCGUGUGUCUUCCCUGUUUUUCUCUAUAAACUUGAAGAAACAACUUAAAAGUAGUUUAAUGAAGAACAGAAUUGGAUUUGUUGGCAUUUUACCUUUUUUGUGUCAUUGACAACCAAUUAAACAACAUUCAGCACCUCCACUUUGUAACAUAAAGUUUAUUUUUAUACGCUGCUCACCUAAGAAAUAAAAUCACUAGUUGUCCUUUAGUUUGAGGCUGUGUGAGGUUUUUCUUGAUGGUUAUCCAGUUGAGUCAUUAUAGAGCUGUUUGUUAUGUGAUGACUGCACAGUUGGGAACACAAAUGAUCAUAUUGUCCUCUGUAACUGAAGUCUAAAGUAAUCCUCUUCUUUAAUUCCUCCGUUUGUCUUCUGGCUGCCUGCUGCACAGUUUAUCUAGUACUAAUGAGACGCAUCAUCGUUCAGGUUUUAACAUCUAAAUCCGGUGAUAUUGGCAGUUUUGUUAAUUUAACAUUUUUUAAAUUUGCCCCUUUUCAAUCACAAUCACAAAAACACACAAGCUUAGAUGGAUUUCUACAGUUUAAUUCAAUAUAAUUACUUUUUUUACUUCCAUUUAAAGCACAUUUGCGCAGUACAGCUCAAAACAUCUCAAGUCACUGUUAUGCCAACAUGUGUAGUUAUUUAUUAGUAAUAGCUCAUAACCUGAAUGAAUCUGAGACUCGUCGAUAUGAUCAUACUGUGACGUUCUCUGUGCAGCUCUCAGAAUGUCCUCAGUUAUGAGUGGAUGAAGAGUUUUGGACUCAGCCGGUGUUUGUACCUGCACUUUAAAGCCCAACCUGAUUACUGUGCUUUUAAUCCCAGCGCUUCAUUUAUUACAACGCUUCCGCACACUUUGUUGGAUUAUUCUCUUGGGAAUAAAAAUCAAGUGUUUGUACA